AUGCUUUACUUGAGCUGGGUAUUUCUUUGGCUUAUCGCAGGAGGGAAAAUUAAAGGAUUUAACACUUCAGAUUGCUCCACUGGAAAGCUUCUUAGGACAUACUCUGCCAGGUGUGGGGAGGAGUUUGUCUUAUUUUGUGAUUUUCCAGAGCCACAGAAAUCCCAUUUCUACCACAGAAGUCAACUCUCACCAACACAAAGCUCUGAACACCUGCCCUGCAGUGGUAGUAAGAACCUAUCUGAUGUCCAAUGGUACCUACAACCUCCAAACAGAGAUCCACUAGUAGAAAUUACACAAAACUAUCCUCACGUGAUCCAGGACAAGAGCACCCUUCAUUUCUUGACCACAGAGAUGAAUCAUGCUGGGUCAUACAUCUGUAGACCUAGGAUUAGGAGCCCCAAGGAUGAGGCCUGUUGUGUCAAGAUGAUCUUAGAAGUUAAACCCAAGACAAAUAUGUCCUGUGGGAGCUCCAUACCACAUGAACAACUCCUUCUUCUUGGUAGCAUGGACUCCAUUUAUUGCCCUGGUCUCAGCCACCAAAGUGAUACACAAAGUCCAGAGGUGACCUGGUACCAGAAUGGAAAACUACUCUCUGAAAAAAGGAGCAACCCUAUUAAAGUGGAUGACGUUUACGACCAUCACCAGGGCACAUACGUGUGUGAUCACACUCAAUCAGAUAAUUCAAGUUCAUGGACAGUCAGAGCUGUUGUUCGAGUGAAAACCAUCGUGAAGAACACGAAUCUCAAACCAGAUAUUCUGGAUCCCAUCAAGGACACCCUGGAAGUAGAACUUGGAAAGCCUUUAACUCUUAACUGCACGGCCCGAUUUGGCUUCGAAAUAAACUUUAAGCCUGUGAUACGAUGGUACGUCAAAGAUUCUGACCAGGAGUGGGAAGUCCCAACACCUGAGGGGAGAAGUGUUAAAUCCACCUUAAAGAAUGAAGUCAUCGAGCGUGUUGUCUUCCUGAAAGAAGUUACUCAGAGCGAUCUUCACAGGAAGUUCAUUUGCUUUGCCCAGAACUCCAUUGGGAACACUACCCAGUCCAUCCAACUGAAAGAAAAGAAGGGAGUGGUGUUCCUCUACAUCCUCCUUGGCACCGUCAUGGCCCUGGCAGGUGUGCUGACCACAGGUGCGCUCUUCUACAUGUACUGGAUUGAAAUAGUGCUGCUGUACCGAACCUACCAAAACAAGGAUGAGACCCUCGGGGAUAAAAAGGAGUUCGAUGCUUUCAUAUCCUAUGGGAAAUGGAGCUCUCUUGAGAGUGAGGCCACUUCAUCUCUGAGUGAGGAAAACUUGGCUCUGAGUCUAUUCCCUGAAGUUUUGGAAAACAAAUAUGGAUACACCUUGUGUUUGCUUGAAAGAGACGUGGCCCCAGGAGGAGUGUAUGCAGAAGACAUUGUGAGCAUUAUUAAGAAAAGUAGAAGAGGAAUAUUUAUCUUGAGCCCCAGCUACGUCAGCGGACCCAGUGUCUUUGAACUACAAGCAGCAGUGAACAUUGCCUUGGAGGAUCAAACACUGAAACUGAUUUUAAUUAAGUUCUCUUCCUUCCAAGAGCCGGAGUCUCUACCUCAUCUAGUGAAAAAAGCUCUCAGGGUUUUGCCCACUGUCACCUGGAGAGGCUUCAAAUCAGUUCCUCCCAAUUCCAGAUUCUGGACCCAAAUACGCUACCACAUGCCUGUGAAAAGCUCUAAAGGAUUCACGUGGAAUCAUCUCAGAAUUAUCCCAAGGAUUUUUUCUCUAGAAAAGACUCAGUAA